UAAUUAUUAGAAAGAUAGACUUAUACCUAUACCAGUCCACAACAUUAAAUUACAUUCAUCUAAUCUAAAAACUCGUCUCACUCUUUCCUUUCUCUUCACAAAAACCAUUCUGGAUUCUGCUUUUUCAAGACCCUUCUCUAUUUUUGUCAGAAAAAAAAAGACCUUGCCUUCUCUAUUAUGGAGGAGAUAUGGAGUACGAAGGAGGAGACGAAGGUUAUUUUAACGAAACCUUUAUCACUAGAGUUUGCUGAUUCACAUGAUGAAUACAAGGCCCCCAAUCUCCUUCAACUCGUUCUCAGUCUAUUCAAAAAUAUACGACGAGGAUCUGAUUUAAUCCAAUUGCAGUUGCCGCCUACAUUCAACAUGCCAAAAUCACAAUUACAGUGUUAUGGUGAGUUAGUGUAUUGUGUUGGUGAUGAUUUAUUGAAUAAAUGCAAUAUUGGAGAGAGCCCGAUAGAGAGAUUCAAAGCGGUUCUUGCAUGGAACUUUUCCACUCUGCGCCCUUUAAUCUUUGGAGUUGUACCUUAUAACCCUAUUCUUGGAGAGACCCAUCAUGUAUCUAAGGGAACUCUUAAUGUUCUCGUUGAACAGGUUUCACAUCAUCCAUCUGUGACUGCACUUUACGCAACAGAUGAGAAAGAAAAUAUUCAGCUCUUAUGGUGUCAAUAUCCAGUUGCAAAAUUUUCUGGUACUUUGAUAGAAGCUGAGACGAGAGGAAAAAGAGAGUUGAAACUUAUGAAUCAUAAAGAGACUUAUGUAAUGAACUCUCCAAAUUUUUUAUUGAAGUUAUUUCCACCUGGAGUUGGGUGGGGUGGUACUUACCAAGUGAGAUGCCUUGAAACUGGUCUGGAAGCAGAGUUAACUAUUGGAGGAAGAUCAUUUGUAGGACUAAGAGGAACUCCUAAAUCUAUUAUAGGAAAGAUCUUUCAUUCCUCUUCCAAGAAUGAGCCCCUUUUUGAUAUCAAUGGCCACUGGGAUAGAAGUGUCACACUCAAGGAUCUUAAAAGUGGUGAAGUAAAUAUUUUAUAUAACGCAAAAAAAGCAAUUUCAGGACUUAAAACUCCCAUUGUUAAGGAUUUAAAGGGAGUGUGGCAAAGUGAAUCUGGUGUGGUUUGGAGGGAGGUGAGCCAAUGUAUCAUGGAAAAGAAUUGGGCAAAAGCUGGAGAAGCAAAGAAAGAUAUUGAGGAAAAUCAAAGAAUGCUUAUGAAAGAAAGAAAAUCCAAGUCUGAAACAUGGGUUCCUAAAUAUUUUAGUGUCUCCUAUAGCAAGGAAAAUGGAUGGGACUGCUCACCUUUGCAAAAGACUAUCCCACCUGCUCCUAUUGUUGUCCCAUUGAACAAUUAAAUAUAUCAUGAUAGAAGUAAUGUAUCUUGUAUUGUAACCUACACUGACAUAUCUCAUGUGGUUUCGAUUUGAUCUUGCUAUAAUUAAAAAGUAUUAAAAAUAAUAUGUGUUUCUUAUGUUGAGACUGAUUCAAUACGAUGAUUAUGUUGUAUAAUACGAUUUGUUGUAAAACACUUAACGAUAUCACUUAUGUAGAAGUGAAAAUAUGUGAAUUUUUGUUAUGG